CGAAAGCGAAAGGAACCCAUCGAGAUUUCCGAGUGUCCUGAGACAAGGACUAACUUCUGCAGAACUAUGUUGCGCCUCCUGUUACUGCCGCUGUUUCUCUUUACAUUGUCUAUGGCCUGCAUGGGCCAGACUUUUCAGUAUUCCCGUGGCUGGACCAAUGGCAAGAGAUCCUUCAACUCAGCAUCUCCCCUGCUGACCAACGGUCAUUUCCAUCGGGGCAACGAUCUGGGAUUCACGGAACUCUAUGAUUUGCAGGAUUGGAGCAGCGAACGUAGAUUGGAGCGUUGCCUUUCCCAGCUCCAACGUUCAUUGAUUAGUCGUAAUUGUGCCCCAGGAUCGGACUUUAAUGCCAAUCGAGGAGAUGCAGAUUCUGAAAGCAACUCCCAUUCCAGAAUUAACAACAUUAAUAACGAGAAUGUUUUAUAUUCAAAUGCCAAUAUCCCGAAUAGACAUCGCCAGUCGAAUGAUCUGCUAGAUGAGCUGAGUGCCGCUGGAGCCGGAGCUUCUGCUGAGCCCAAUGUGUUUGGAAAACAUUAGCCAUGACAUCUACUGUCCAUCGAAUGCGAAAACUUAUGUUAAACUAGCAAAAAAUGCUACAAAAAUGUAAAAAAAAAAAUGUUUAAACCGUUAAAUAAACCAGAGGCAUUUUAUGAA